CAAAAUAUGUACGCUGAAGAUGCAGAAUUCUCAUUACAAAUUCGACAUCUAUGUGCACUUGCUUUUGUUCCAAUGGAUAAAAGUGUACAAUAUUUUAAUGAUUUAAUUGAAUCAAAUUAUUAUGUUGAAAAUGAAAAUAUUUUAUCUCUGAUGAUUAACUAUUUUGAAGACACGUGGAUCGGACGUCCCAACCGUCGAAAUGGUCGACGCCUGCCAAUAUUUAGUGUCAAUAUGUGGAAUUGCUAUGAAUCGGUAAUACAAGAUCUUCCACGUACGAAUAAUUCGGUAGAAGGAUGGCAUCAUGCAUUCAAUGCAGCACUCGGAGCAAAUCACGUUUCAAUAUGGAAAUUCAUACGCUUCUUAAAACAUGAGCAACUGUUACAAGAGGUUCGAUUGGAAAAACGUUUAUCAGGAGAAGCAAGUCCAACACGUCGUAGAACGUACAGAGAUCAUGAUAAAAAAAUAAAAGUAAUCGUGGAAAAUUGCUCUGAAAUACCAACAGUUCAAUAUUUAAGAGGUUUAUCUUAUAAUGUUCAGUAUUAA